GCCCUAGGUUAAAAUGUCCAACAAAAAGUCAUGUAAAGCGUGGAAUUUUUUCGAAAGUUUAUCUGGAAAAUUUGUCAAGUGCAAGUUACGCGAAACUGAGGCGGAUAGGGAAAAAUGGCAUCUACAAAUCCUUUGGUAAUACACCUCCGUAGGCAUCAUAAAAAGGAAUACCACGAAACUUUUGAAGUGGAUUUGCCAUCAGAAGAUCGCCCAACUACAUCUCGCCAGGCUACUCUCCUGGACUACAAAAAAUGGAAAAUUGACGACAAAAAGGCAAUGGAAAUCCAUAAUUUGAUUGGCGAAAUGAUCUGCCUGGAUAAUCAUCCGUUCAACAUCGUAGAACAUAAAGGAUUUGGAAGACUGUUAUCAAAACUUGCAGCCAAUUAUUCUAUUCCUUCCAGAACCUAUUUUCGGAAUACUGUAGUUCCAGCCAUAUAUGAGAAACUACACCUGAAAAUAGAAGAUGAGAUUUCAAAUACCGAAGUUUAUUCAAUGACCACCGAUAUGUGGACUUGCCCGCAUACUAACAAAGCUUUCAUCUCGCUCACGGUGCAUUUCAUUUCCGUAGAGGAUUGUCAACGACAUCAUAAUUUGCUGGCUUGUAAGAACUUCACUGGUAGUCACACUGGCGUGGAAAUAGGUAGAAAAAUUUUGUCUAUACUUGAGGAAUGGAAUAUCAAUAAACAUCAAAUUCACCUGAUCCUUCGAGAUAGUGGAGCGAAUAUGAUGAAGGCCUUAUCUGAACUAGAAUUAAAUAGUGAAAGCUGUUUCACUCACAAGCUCCAAUUAGUUGUAAAUGAUGCCCUCAAAGCUCAACGGGCUAUAUUCGACAUGGUUUCCGCAGGAAGAAGAAUUGCAACACAUUUUAACCAUUCGACGCAAGCUUGUGAAAAAUUAUCAAAAAUACAAGAAGAUUUACGAGAAAAACCGCUCAAGACCAUUCAAGACGUGGUUGGACCUCAACAUACUACAUGUUGGAAAGGCUUUUAAGAAUAAAGAGGUCCCUCACCUUAUAUUGUUUGGAAAAUUCUUGUCCUUCCCUCACAAACAACCAAUGGGACCUUUCAGAAUCCACAGUAAAAUUGCUUCAACCUUUUGAAGAAGUAACUAAUGUUAUAAGUGCAGAAAAGUCCACAAUUGCAGAUAUCAUCCCAGCUCUUGUGUGCAUAAGAAAAUGUCUUGCUCAAACUGGUGAUUCAUAUGGAAUAGGAUCGUUCAAAGAAGCUUUAGAAAAAGGACUAGAGGAGCGUUGCAAAAAUCUAGUUCUUAUUAAAAACUAUUCCAUAGCUACCUUCAUCGACCCGAGAUAUAAAAAUGUGUUUUUUAACACAUCGGAAAAAAAAUCAAUUAUUUCCAUUGUGAUCAAGGAAAUAACUUCUAUAAGUAGACUUACUGGAGGAAGCGAUUCGGAAACGAAUAACUCAGAUGACGAACCAUUAAUAAAAAAAAAGAAGGCAAGUACCGAGACUUCAACUUUAUGGCAAUGCUUUGAAGACAUUGUCAGUUCCUCUAAAGAAAACAAAAACUGUGAUGUUAAAAAAUCCAUCACGGAUGAAAUUGGUGAAUACCUCCAAAAACCCAUUUUAGAUCGGAAUUCGUGUCCUCUCGAAUUUUGGAAGACACAGAAUAAAAACUUUCCUUACAUUUUCGAACUUGUACCGAAAUUUCUUUCAUUUCCUGUAACAAGUGUUCCAAGCGAACGCUUAUUCUCAGAAAUGAGGAACAUUUUCGAAGAUAAGAGAAGUUCGUUGGAUCCCGAAAUGGCCGAAAAAAUAGUGUUCAUUCAUGAAAAUUUUCAGUUGUUUUAUUUGACUACUCUAUAGAAUCAGAAAUAUUUUUGUUUUCAUCCUGAUGUUAUUAAUUAUGAAUUAUGUUAUGAUCCUUUUCGUGAAGAGUAUUUUUAAUUUUUUCAGCUGUGAUAAUUAUGAAUUACGUUCCUUUUCUAGAAGACUUUUAUUUUUAAUCUAUGAUAUUUA